UCAGGGCAACAGCUGCGGGCCAGGCGAAGGCUGUCAUGGCCCCAACUGAGGGCACGGCCAGCACAAACAGCAACAGAAGGACACCAAGGACUCGGGCCAUCUCAAAGACGAACAGCACGCCCACUUGGACUGGGAUUCCUGCUCCCAUUCCGGAUAUUUUUUCAUCUCAGCAGCAGGUGGCAGCCAGGGUGGGGGACAUUCAUCAGAGACUCAUGUCCCGUGUCACUGCGGACACGGGGCUGGAAACAGACUUUCUGAGCCUGGCUGAAGAGCACCCUGCUAAUGUGGUGAUGAGCCUCCUGCGCUGUGCCCCAUCCUGUGACAGAGCUGCUGUACUGAUGUGGAGAAGCAUCGGCACGUCAAGACCCGCAGUGCAGAAGGUGCUUCCAGCACUGUUCUCUGUGAUAGAGGACAGGCCACUGUACAGCAUGUUCUUCUACAGUGGGGAUAAUGAGGCCGUCUUUGCCCUGGCUGCAACUGUGGUGCUGUGGAAUAUUGCCCACAUGCCCGAGUGGCACGACGCAGUAGUCCUUCAUUCGGCCCAGCUGUUUGUGGCUCUGCUCUUCCAAGUUUUCUCCACCACAGAGCAGAUACCAGAAGAGGUUGAGGACUUCUGGAGAGCGUGCCAGGAGGAACACCGCCUUCCCACCAAGCCUAACAGGUUUGCAGUGCAGGCCGUGAAGGCUCUGCUCUGCCAACUGGGCUUUGAGAACAAGCUGGUGGCUCUGGAGUGCAAGCAGGUCUGGGACACCCUGCUCUGUGCCGACACCCAGCACUAUGCAGUCGGUCUGCUGGCCAGGUGAGAGCCCCUUCUCCCCGCCGCCACCACCAUCAUUUGUGCCCUGUGCCCAGAGUGCCCCACACAGUCCCUGUGGUUUUGGGCCAGAGUGCCUUGUCACAUAGGGGCACCCAAGCAGACUGGAAAAGGCUGGCAGAGGAGGGUGCCCGGGAGCAGCUGCCUCCCAAAGCACCCACGUCCCCUGGCAGGGUGCUAGGGACAGAU